UGCCUUCGUCGCUUUAUCGGACGAAUGGGCGGCACCUUGACCAUGGCCGGAACUCUCAUUGGCCCAAUCUCGGUCCGCGCGGUUCGGUUGUCUCGCUGUGCCGCGCUGCCUUCCGUCACAGGGCUGCUCCAAGCCGACGGAGUGUGCUCUGCUGCGCGCGCGCUUGACAAUUGUUGCUCCGGCCAAGGUGCAGCGGAAGCUGAUCGGAAAGGCGCUGAGUGACCUGGUUCGGCCUAGCUGACAAGCACGGACCUCGAUGAAGGUGUCAGUGCGGGUACGCGGCGAGUGGCUCGCCGUGCCAUGCCGCGACGGCCGCCAGACUGUGCGCUGGCUGGGCGAGGAGGCGCUGCGUCGCUACAUGAAGCUCAAGCCGUCAUCAUUCCUGGACGGCCGCACCGAAAAGGUCUACCAGGUUCGAAAGACCCGCGGUGGCGCUAUUAUUGACGGCGACGACAUCAUCAGGAACGUCCUUGACGACAAUGAGUUCCUCUCUGUGGUGCUCGAGACGGAUCGGCCUUCACCGGUUACGGGCCCUGCGGAAAUUACUUACGUCCCGGAGCAAGUGUAUCCUUUUCAUUAUUCUUACGCGCGCAAAAACCAAAGUAGUGUGGUCGUGCAUACCGAUGGCACUUUGCAGGGCGCAGUGUCGCUGCAGCUGUCUUUUUACUGCAGCGAUGAACUUCGAUCCACAUUAAAUCCGUAA